GCAUAGCAAACCCGUGAUUGAAGCAAUAGAUCCAAGAAAUACUGGUUUAUCGGUUGAGGCUUAUCGGCCAAAUAAAGAUAAAACAAUAACCAACGCGAAAUCCGAAGAACAAGAAACGCGUAAGAAGAAAUAA